AACGUUUGUGUUAGCAGAAGAGCUGUCCACUGGUAGCUAUGGUAACAGUAAACAGGUGGAGAACCUGGCUCGCCGUGCAAACUCAACCCUCCGGUGAAACUCAACCGACACCUGUGGACCUCAGCAGCAGUGUGUGUGUGUCUGGCCAAACCAUGAAGCUGUGCAAAAGGAAAGGUUCCCCUGAAGAAUGAGACCUGAUGUUAGUAUGGAGGCCACCAGUUCCAGACGGUCUAUCCAGCUGGGCCAGAAGGCACACCAUGCUACUGAUAGACACUGCACACCGUGCCCAGACAGUGCUACACCGCCUGAGAGCAAAGUUCGCCGCAGUUUUGUCAGCCUUCCUGUUCCUAACCCAGAGAGACUGAAAACAGCCAAAGCCCUUGUAGACAAAGCUGUUAAGAUGCACAAGAUAUUCUCUGUCCAGGGCCCUUACCCCGUCAUCAGGGCAGCAUUGAGGGCCAGAGGCUGGGUUGAGCAGCGUAUACACCGCCCAAACCACCAUGCUCACCUGCGUCACAGCGAUGAGGGCAGAGCCAGCUCCAAUGACGUUGGUGACAGCGAUGAUGAUGAUGACGAAGUCAAAAAAGAGCAGGAUCCAGAUGGACUAUAUGAUCUCAUGUCUCGCCUUGUGCGGAAUGAAUUGGUUUAUUUCUACUGGACAAACCGCAGAGACGCCAUCAACACAAACAGCCUGCAAAAAGAACAGAUUACCAAUCAUUUUGCAAAAGCAGGCAGCUUCACCACCAAGGCAGGGCUGUGUGUGAACUUGAGAAACCUGCACUGGUUUGAUUCAGCUGACCCAGACACCUUCUUCCCCCGUUGUUACAGAGUUGGAGCACAGGAUGAGAAGCAUGCUUUCAUUGAGGACUACCGGAGGACAGCCUGCACUAGUCUUUUGAAGUACAUUGUAGAGAGGGAGCAGGGUGUUCAGGGAGAGGGAACGAGCCACAACAUUCUGGCUGUUCAGGAUCAGCGGAAACAGAGCAAACGACGACCUAGACCAGUGGUCCUUUCCCAAAUCAUUACCAGUGCACUCAAAGUAUGCCAGGAGUUCCUGGAGAGUCUGGAGCAUAGUGACAUAGACAUAAGCUUGGAGACAGCACAAACGCUUACCAAGGAGGAGUGGGGAGAGUUUAUUCACAGUUACUACCUUGUUGUACAUGGCAGAGCAGAGAUCGAGAGCAGUGAUCAUUUUGUGACCUGCUGCAAGGCCAUGCUACAGAGGCUGGUGGAGGUCAGCCCACAGCUGGACAUAGAUGGCAUUCACAACAUCUGGAUCAUCAAACCUGGAGCUAAGUCCAGGGGUAGAGGUAUCAAAUGCGCCAAGCGUUUGGAUCAGAUCCUCCGGCUGGUGGACGGUGAUCCAACCCUAAUCAAGGAAAGCAAGUGGGUGGUGCAGAAGUACCUGGAGCGACCCCUGCUUAUCCAUGGCACCAAAUUUGACGUGCGGCAGUGGUUCCUAGUCACUGACUGGAACCCUCUGACUGUGUGGUUCUAUAAAAAGUGCUACAUGCGCUUCUCUACGCAGCCUUACUCGCUAGAUACACUCGACAGCUCUGUCCACCUGUGCAAUAACUCCAUCCAGAAGCACCUGAGGCCCUCCCAACAACGCCAUCGAGGUAUCCCAUCAGACAACAUGUGGUCGGAUGACCAGUUCAGGACCUUUCUGUCCAGCCAGGGACAGGAUGGUCAGUGGCAGACUGUGGUAGUCCCGGGGAUGAAGAGUGCUGUGAUCCACGCAUUACAGACUACACAGGAUCUCAUGGAGUCACGCAAAAACACAUUUGAGCUCUAUGGCGCUGACUUCAUGUUAGGUCGUGACCUGCGUCCAUGGCUGAUAGAAAUCAAUGCCAGUCCCACUAUGGCUCCUUCCACCCCUGUGACAGCACGUCUCUGUGCUGCUGUGCAGGAAGACACAUUACGAGUUGUCCUGGACCGGAGAACAGACCGCACUGCAAACACUGGAGACUUUCAGCUCGUAUAUAGGCAGGCAACAGUAGAAGUACCACAGUAUGUAGGAAUCAACCUGCUUGUUGAGGGCUUCAAGAUCAAAUGCCCCUGCCCACUUCCUCCACUGAGAUCCUCCAACCGGCCAGCACCAAAACAGCGGCGGCCCAUCAAGGAGAAGGAACCUGACAAAGUAAAGUCUCUACCUAAGAUACUGUCGAAGAGUGCAGAGACUCCGCUUCAAAACACCAGUAGUAGGGUUCUGCCACCUCCUCCGGUUCCUCCUGAGCCUCCUGUGCCUGUCCCUAUUGAAACCUUCACACUUCACUUGCCAAUGACUGUGACAUCCAUCCACCUGCCAAUUAGUGCCCAGUCUCACUCUGUAUUUCUGUGGAAGAGCAGACCAGAGGUAUCGAAAGGCUGCUCAGAGAAAGUCCAGCCCUGUACCAUAGGGAAUGAUCAAGGUCCUUCUUUGCCUCUGGAGAUUACCGUUCAAAAACAGUCCAGAGAAGCAGCCACCAGCACCUUGAGUACCUAAAAAAACAAAACAAAAAAAACAAAAAAAAACAAAUACAAUCCAAAAGAAGGUUUGUUGACCAACUCAUUCACAUGCUCCUUCAGUUUGAACUUUAUUGUUGCAGGGUUUUUUGGCCUACCUCAUGAUAAAGUCCGUAUUUUACAGAU